AUGGAGCAACUAUACUUAAUAGAGAUGUUCAUUGACAAAGUAUCGAUUUUCGUAACCGAGGAAGAUGAAAAUAGUGCAAAGAACAAAAAAAUUAUCAUCAAACUGAAAUUUGGUCCUAAGUUCGAAUUCAUCGUAAAGGAAGGCCAGAUGGCGAUUAAUGAAGGCAAGGAAGAUGACGUCAUCGAGACAGACGAACACGGGCGAAGGAAAUGGUCGAGAAGAAUUCGAGUUGGUAAAUCGUUCCUUUUCCCGUCCUACCCUGACACUUUGCUGAUGUUGCUUAGCAAAUUUCCGCUGGAAAUCGAAGCAUGGAAUGACGAUGACACAGAAGUAAAUAUAUUCGUUGGUGUAGGUACAAUGCAAUGGCACACUCAGUUUUUCCACAUGCUCAAAGAAACCGCCGACAUAUGCAAGGUUCAUGAACCUUUGACCAUCAAAGAGAAUACACCAUUGAUGGCCGAAUGCUGUUGCAAGCAAGCCGGUGAAAUCACGUUUAUUCUUAGACUCAGCGCUUUGGGAAACAGUAUCACAACAGAGUUUCAACAACCAAUGAAGGAUCCUGAAGCAUUUGUAUUUAGAACAGAUAAAGCUCCGAGCAUGUUUCAAUGUAAAAGGAUCGAAGGCAGUGACCCCAAUUUCUGUAUGGUGGGCAGUCUGUACGAGACAACCACGCUUGAGGAUCCUGACACUUUAAAGAACGCCGAAACGAAGAUUGAAAUUUGCACCGAACUAUCGAGUUGUGGCAGGAAAUCGAAUGAUAAUAACGUCUGUGAACACACGAAAGCUGAAGAUGAAAGUAAUAAGAAGUCAUAUCCUAUAAAUAAGAUUCGAAUGGGUGAUAUAAAAGGCCCUUGUGGUAAUACGAACUGUCCACUUGCUCAUAAAGUGAAGAUGUAUAUAAGGAACCUUGAAAGCUACAAGCGGGAAGCUGGCAGUAUAGGCCAUAAGACAGGUAAUGUUACAAAGAAGGUUUGCGGUGCGUGUGAUUGUAAAGACGACAGAUGGCACAGAGAAACUUGCCCCCAAAUGCAGGAAAGGAAUAAUCCCCAGUCGGGUUCUGGUAAGGCUGAAUGUCCUGGUUGUAGCGGCGCCACUAACGCAGGAGACACGUGCGAGGAUAGAAAGCAAAAACUUUUUGGUACCGGUGUAACUCCGAAGGGCAGUAAAACUCAAAUUAAUUACGUGUUCAGCACGCCAACAUUUCAGAGCCGUAAAGAGGCCGCUAAAUUAAGAUACGAUUUUAUUAUACAGAAUUCGACUAUUGAUAAUUAUCUUAUGCCUGAACCGAACGUUUCGGGCAAUUGUUUUUGUUCUCAGUCGACGGUUCCCAAUUUAGAGCAGGUCAACUCGUCCGAGAAUCGAAGCAUUUCGCCACAAAGGCGUGCGAUGAAUAACGCUGGUGGAAAUCGAUCGGAAAAGAACGUCAACGCAGACGAUUCUAAAAAUUACUUCGACGUGUACAACUGCGUCGUGGUGCGCGACGAAAAGGAUUGCAACUGUAAUCCACCGAAACCGACCCCACUGUGCAGGACUUUUGACUGCGAAUGUAUCACUGAAAUUACUGAGGCCGCGUCGAGGAAGGCGCAUCGACCUUACUGCCCUAUGUACAAGCAUAAGAGCACCUGCCCCGUUACUAUGAUGCACGAAGAAGAAGCGAUGAAGGACGAGGACGAAGAUGACGUUGAACCUUUGCCUUACGGCUUACCUCCAAUAUCACUGGGACCUUGUCCCGUAAUGGGCAGACCUUGCAGCGUACCCGACGGCUUCGCCAGAAUGUACAAAAACGCGCUGUUGCCACCCCUACCGCCGAGCUACAGCGAUGCGGGCAAAGUUUGCUGCUCCAAGGAGUACGAAAGGAUUAAGAAGGCGCUGCAAGAUUAUAUGAGAUAUGAGAAGGAUCACGACUUUAGAUGUGUAAAUAAAUUCAACGUGGAUACCGAGAAACGAUGCUGUGAUAAGGAGCAGCACUUAUUGUCACUGAUGGGCAGAGAAUGCUGUGGAAUGCAUAAAUUGGCGAUACAAGAGAAAUAUAAAGAAGAGAAAAAG